UCGCUUUCUCCCAUAACACCCUGCCUUAUCUCUCCCUCCUUUCCCUCACUCCAUCACACACUCUCACACCCACGUCAAGUGCGCAGAGACGUGGCCUCGAGCUCCAAGUCGAACCGAUUCCACCGGCCCGCGACGAACAGAACUUCAACCCUGGAUUCGAUACUUUUGAUCAAUGGACAGAACCUUCUCGGCGGCCACUCGAGGCACAGACACCCCCUGAGCAGUCAUUACCCUCUGGUGGGCGGUCCCCCUGGCGGUUGGCGGGGGAUGGAGCGUGGAAGCGAGAGCCCCCGACUGCGGGAGAGUCCUGAGAGACGGGGCGCCAGCCCAGACCUCAGUGGUCCUCCACCGGGGAAGAUGAGCCGGCUGGAGCUGAAUGGGAGCCCCCCAGGACCACGCAGCCGCCACAACGGUGCCCCCCUAAGGCCCCUGGGAGGUCUCAUGAUCCCCGUGUUCUGUGUGGUGGAGCAGGCGGACGGGGCAGGGGCUGCUGAUGGAGAGGGGCGGGAGGAGCACGCCGAGUUUGUACUGGUGCGCAAGGACAUCCUCUUCACCCAGCUGGUGGAGACUGCCCUGCUGGCCCUGGGGUAUUCGCACAGCUCCGCCGCCCAGGCGCAGGGCAUCAUCAAAGUGGGCCGCUGGAACCCCCUGCCCAUCCACUACCUGACAGAUGCCCCCGAGGCCACAGUGGCAGACAUGUUGCUGGAUGUCUACCACAUGGUUACCCUCCGCAUCCAGCUGCAAAGCUUUGCUAAACUGGAGGACCUGCCAUCUGAGCAGUGGAACCAUGCGACAGUACGCAAUGCCCUCAAGGAGCUGCUGAAGGAGAUGAACCAGAGCAUGCUGGCCAAGGAAUGUCCCCUCUCCCAGAGCAUGAUCUCGUCCAUAGUGAACAGCUCGUACUACGCCAACGUCUCCAGCUCCAAGUGCCAGGAGUUUGGACGCUGGUACAAGAAGUACAAGAAGAUCAAAGGGGAGUACUUGGAUAAGAUGUGGCCGGGCCGGGACAACUCCGAAAUCAAAGUUGAGCGGGACAGCCUCGCUGAUUUUUGUGUGCUCGGGCAGCGACCCCCUCCUCAUCUGGGGGGCCUGGCUCAGCUAAGCUCCUUAGGAGGCAGUGGAGCCUUGGUAAAAGCUGGAGCCGGAGACCCACAGACUCCCGGCCAGCAGCAGCAGCAGCAACAAUCCCAGCAGCCCCAACAGCCCUCGCCCCACAGCCAGCUCCACCACAGUCCCCCGCUGCGUGCUCAAGUUCCCCCGCCGGCUGCCCUGCAGCCCCUGCUCACCCCCGGGGGCUUGCUCUCCCCUCAACUCAGCCCCCAGCUGGUACGCCAGCAGCUCGCCAUGGCACAUCUCAUCAACCAGCAGCUGGCAGUCAGCCGCCUACUCGCCCACCAGCACCCCCAGGCUCUCAACCAGCAGUUCCUCAACCACCCACCCAUCCCACGGCCCUCCAAGGCCAGUGACCCUGGUGGAAACCCCUCCGCUGUAGAGGUCUCAUCAGACAUCUACCAGCAAGUUCGCGAUGAACUCAAGAGGGCCAGCGUCUCCCAGGCUGUGUUUGCCCGUGUGGCCUUCAAUCGCACGCAGGGUCUGCUGUCAGAGAUCUUAAGGAAAGAAGAAGACCCACGCUCAGCUUCCCAGUCUCUCCUGGUCAACCUGAAGGCCAUGCAGAACUUUCUCAACCUGCCCGAGAGCGAGAGAGACCGGAUUUACCAAGAGGAGCGUGAGCGUAGCAUGAACCCCCCAGUUGGCCUGGCCCCUACGUCUGCCUCCAGUCCAGGGGGGGCCCGCCUUGCACAGCCAAAGCCCACUGGCCCUAAUCCCGAGCUACCGCUAAAGUUGGAAUCCCUGGUGAACAUCACGUCAUCCAUCUAUGAUGAGAUCCAACAGGAGAUGAAGAGGGCCAAGGUGUCCCAGGCCCUGUUUGCCAAGGUGGCUGCCAAUAAGAGCCAGGGCUGGCUGUGUGAGCUGUUGCGCUGGAAGGAGAGCCCUAGUCCAGAGAACCGCACCCUCUGGGAGAAUCUAUGUACCAUCCGACGCUUCCUGGCCCUUCCGCAGGCAGACCGGGACCUGGUCUACGAGGAGGAGUCCCGGCACCACCACAAUGAACGGCUCCACACUGUGCUGCACCUGCCCUCCGACCCACAGGCGCUGCACAGACAGCCCCCACAGGUCUUAAAAGAUCACUCCCCGAUGCGUGAGGACCCUCUUCCCGUCUCCCUGCCCGCUCUGGGGGGAGAGGAGGGGUCCCAGACAGGGGGUGGCGGGGCCAAGAAACCACGUUCACGCACCAAGAUCUCCCUGGAGGCUCUAGGCAUCCUGCAGAGCUUCAUCCAGGACGUGGGUCUCUACCCUGACCAGGAGGCCAUCCACACACUCUCUGCCCAGCUAGAUCUGCCUAAGCAUACCAUCAUCAAGUUCUUCCAGAACCAGCGCUACCACGUCAAGCACCACGGCAAACUGAAAGAGCAUGGAGAGGGAGGCGGUGUGGAUGUCUCUGAAUACCGAGAUGAGGAGCUGUUGUCAGGCUCUGAGGAUGCUGAGUCCAGCGAAGACAGCAACGAGGAGCUGUACGGGGCAGAGGGUGGAGCCGCCACUACUGCCAUGCCCGCAGUGGGCUCAGACGAAGGCAAGGACAAGGGUCACCCUGCGACUACCCGUCCGAAUUCUUUGCCGCCCUGCAAUACUUCACCGAGUCCCCGAGAUCCUGUUGAGCACCAGAGAUAAUGCAGCAGACAUUUGGGCAGGGGGUUGAAUGAAGGGAACAGGGUUAUAACACUAACAUUGCAGCAGUGGGACAUGGGUUAAGGGACAGCAAGUGGAUCUGGGUGACGUGGACCACCGAGAGCAUGGAUGCAGGUAGAAGGCGCGGAAACAGACUCUUCAGAGGAUGGGGUGAGGGCAACCACAAUGGAACCACAAUGUCAUACCUCAGAGCUUAAAGGAAAGCACUAAGCUUAAUGCUAAAGGGUUAGGGAAGAGGAGUGGUGUCUCCGCGCUUUUCUUUGAGUCGUGUCAGAGGGGAAACUGUGCAAGGUGCACAGACAGACAUGUUCAUGUGUAUCUCUGCCUCUGUUGGAGCUCAUUUGACAGAUGGCUUCACCAUGAGCACAUCAAGUUCAUAACUGCCAGCCUUCUUAAUGCCACACGCGGCUAGGGGAAGAUCCGUGAGGAAGCUGUCGAAAAUAGCGUCCACGCUUCCGCCUGACUCUCUUUCAUCACAGUAGGGUUUGUUUCGCUUUCUUUUCGGCCGCCACAUAUAGAGGACGUGUUUAGAUGACAUUCAUCCAGACUUUAAGAAGAUAUGGGAAGAAAUGAAUUCCGUAAGUCACACUGUUUCACUGCGUUGAGUCUGAGUAAGAAACUCCACUGGUGGCUCCUAUUUGCUUGUACCCCUAGAGGAGAAGUGCUGACUGCUGUUUCAGUGCCUCUGGGCACAGCCACAGUUACAAUAUUGUUUCCCAGUGAGUUAUUUUUUUUUUUCUUUUUUUGAGGCCAACAGCCUUUGGAAGCAAAGUCACUCCAUAUUCACCUCUCCCCCAUGGACUCCUGCUCACACCGGAUGUCCCUCAGCUUUCUGUCCAGCAUGGAGUAAAGCGGGUGCAAUGAAAAGUGAGCCAACAAAAAGCCUCCCUGCGUCCUGCACUUUAAUAGGAUCCAUCACAAUACUGAACUUCAUCCCCCACUAGCACCUCUCCCUUGGAAAGUGAAAUCCCCAUCACACCAUUGCUUAGAAAAGUCCUCCUCCUUAGUGGUCAAAGUCAUGAGGAGUGUGACCGAGAGAAGACGUGAUUGUCUUAAAGACAUAAGUUGAGGUGGAGAGGACAGGGCUCUUCCUAACAAGUGACCUGGGGAGGGAGAGGUGGGGGAAAGGCAGUUAACAUCUGUGUGGGGUAGCUCUUGGUUUUGUGCUCCCACGCAGCCUUUUGCUUGGAUUGUCCUUGUAGGCCUGCCCUUGUCCCAUUGGGCAGCUUUUUCUCUGCCUGUGAGCUGCACGUCAUUCAAGAGCAGCUAAAGGAAACACGGGCGAGUGAUGUGAACGCUGAGAAAAUGGGACUUACCAACUUUGUAGGCAGUGGCUGGUGCAUCUACUGCUGCCUCUCUCCCUGUCUGUUUUCCAUUUUUUGGUGAAGCAGGCACCCACGCUUUCCCAUUUCACCACACCUACUCACACUUAACUCCACAACCCUAUUUAUUGCUGUCUUUAUCCAUGAUUAUAAUUGUUAUUGUUAUUAAUAUUAUUAUAGUUGUUGUUGUGUUAUUUCUAUUUUUGUCUAAUACUGAUUUUC